AUGGAGGAGGCGCGGGCUGCCAUGGCGCGCAGCAGCUGCGACCCCGCCUCCGGGGACUUUCCGACUCUCACUGAGGCGGCCACUGCGAUCAUGACUCCCGAGGAGCUGCAGAGCCUGCGCCGCAACCUCACGGAGGAAAAGAUCGCCCAUGCGAAGUACUUGCGGGAGCACCCGGAGAUUGACGCCAUUAUGCGGUAUGCCAUGAGAAAACUGCUCAUGCAGCGGCCUGAGGAACCGGUCGGUGUGCUUUUAGAAUUCUUUGCCCACGGCAACCUAAGCAAUGAGCUGCAACGCCGCAGUGAGAAGGAAGAAAGGAUGCAAAGACUCGCUGCUCUGCAGCAGGAGCGGGGCAUGAUGCGCGUAUGGCCUUCUUGA